AUGACUGGCAGUGCUAGAAGUAGUUCCAGUGGCCAGAGUAGUCAUGGUGGAGGAGAUGCUGCCAAGAUGGAGGGGCUGGAUUUUUCGGUCGUCGAUCCAGGCUCACAGACGCUUUCUCAGAUAUAUCAACAACGUGAAACGGCAACUCUAUCUAGGGGGUCCCUACAACCUACUGGAGAUGUGCGCCGAGGUCAGACAAUGAAUGAAACUUUAGCUAGGCCUUCGAGAAAUGGCCCUCAGCCAACAAUGACGGUCGAUUCAAGCAGUAGCAACAACAACCUCAAUAAUAUCACCGAAGGCUAUGCCGUCUGA